AUGUUUUGUAUGAAUAUGGGCGUCGACUUUGACCCUUCCGUUGCAUUCACGGGCAAAGAAUUAAUUAUGUUCAACCAUCGUGAUGACCGUAUGCUAUGGUUUUUGUGCGUCCAACUUGAACUCGUAGUAUUGAUUUUCCGUCAAAACCAACCAACGAACUCUGGGAAGGUUCCGUUCGGUACGAGCAGCGGCAUGAGGAGCAGCGGCAGGCAGCAGCGGAGCAUGCUGUGGCGGUGGUUGACGGCGCCGCACCGGGCGCUACGCCGGGCGCGGGUGAUGUACGAGAGGGGCAUGGUUGGGUGCGCCAGCGGGGCGGCCGCCAGGGUGGCGGUUCCGCGCUCUCGGACCCACCAUGGCUUCCGGACCGCUGCCACUCAGCCUCCCUGCUCCCGUGACGAUGAUGACGAUGCCGCCGCCAGGGAACUCAUCCGUGCCGCCGCGAAGGCGACCGAGGGAGAGGACGGGAGAGGGGUAGUGGCGCCGCCGCCGAGGAGGAACCAGAGUGCCGUGGCGGCGAUGAUGAGGAUCGACGAGUACGGACCGUGUAGCUUCGAAAGGAUCAUGUGAUGGUGCUACGGCCUAGAAGCCCGCGAUCUGCUAUACAAGUCACGGCGUUGUCUGACUUUUUAUUCGGACCUGCAAAUUAACCUAAGUCAAAAAAAAAAUGAUGCAGAUAUUAUUGUAGUCUCUUUUUUUGCAAUUUUAUUUUUUUUUUGAAAAACAAAACAAAAUGAAAAUACACAAUAGCUUAAACCUUCGUUUCUAUAAAAAUUAAUGGCGUGAAGCAAUGUCAAAACUGAAUAAAUUUGAAA